CCCUGCUCUGGGUCUCACCCUUCCAGCAUGUUCCUUCUGAUGAGACGCGCUCCAGGGCCCCGAGGUUCAGUACAAUGUGGAAAUGGAUACUGACACAAGGUGCUUCAGCCUUGCCCCACCUGCCCGGCGGCUGCUGCUUCUUGUUGCUGCUCUUGGUGUCUUCUGUCCCUGCCACCUGCCAAGCCCUGGGUCCGGACAUGGUGUCACUAGAGGCCACCAACUCCUCGUCCUCCUCCUCGUCGUCGUCGUCGUCCUUCUCCAGUACCGGCAGGCAUGUGCGGAGCUACAACCACCUCCAAGGAGACGUCCGCUGGAGGAAGCUCUUCUCCUUCACCAAGUACUUUCUCAAGAUCGAGAAGAACGGCAAAGUCAGUGGCACCAAGAAGGAGAACUGCCCGUACAGUAUCCUGGAGAUAACAUCAGUGGAAAUUGGAGUGGUUGCUGUCAAAGCCAUUAACAGUAACUAUUAUUUAGCCAUGAACAAGAAGGGGAAGCUCUACGGCUCAAAAGAAUUCAAUAAUGACUGCAAGCUGAAGGAGAGGAUAGAGGAAAAUGGAUACAACACCUACGCCUCGUUUAACUGGCAGCACAACGGGCGGCAGAUGUACGUGGCCCUAAACGGCAAAGGGGCCCCGAGGAGAGGCCAGAGAACACGCAGGAAAAACACCUCGGCCCACUUCCUCCCCAUGGUGGUCCACUCCUAGGGG